AUGAAAAUCAUUCAAAAAAACAGUAAAUCCAAUAACAAAAAAACAAAUAAAAAUAAUACUAAUAAUAAAAUAAAUGAGAUUAAAAAAAUUAUCGUGGAAUCAUUAAAAAAAAAAGAAGAAGAAAUAUCUGAUUUAAAAUCUAAUAUUAAUAAAUUAAUAUCUAAAAUUAAUGAUUUAGAAGAAGAAAAUAAAAUACUAAAAAAAAAUAUUGAAGAAAUUAAUAAUAAUUCAAAUCCAACCACAUCUAUUUCUGAAUUACAAAAAGAAGUAGAAAAAAUAAAAAGUGCUCACGCAGCUAUAGUUAGUAUUUAUAAUUUAAAAAAUAAUAUUACUGAAUUUGUAAUGAAAGAUAUCAUAACCCAAAUAUAUAAUACAGUUACAAAUCAUAUAAAUAAUAUCGAUAGAGAUAUUAAUGAAUAUUUAACACAUAAUAAGCCUUCUAAAUCAAUAAGUGAUUAUUUAAAUUCAUUAAAUUCAUUAGAUUUAACUAAUAGUAAUUUAUUAAAUGAUAAUAGUAGUUUAUUAAAUUAUGCAAUAGUUGAUACUAGUAUGAAUAAUAUUUUUAAUCAAUAA